AUGGCGCCCGCCAGCCGCCCGGCGCUGAGCUUUCGCUACCGCCGAAUUGCUCCCGUCUCUGCAGCAGAAGAAACUCUUUUCAAGUCAAGUUCGUUUCCCCUCGGAGACAGCCAUUUGUACAUUACCGGAAAAGAUCUUCCACUUCGACUUGGAAGUUUCUUCAACUCCAACGACUCCAGCAGCUCCCGCAGGCACUCCUCGCGCCUCACUCUCGAGGACAUCUCCGAAAUAGAAAAACUCAAGGCUUUAGACCACACCAAGUUUUCCCUCCGCCCGCCCGUGGCGGAAGAGGACUUCGAGGAAAGAAAAGCAAAGGCGGCGGAACUGCGGACGCGGCUGCUGCGGAUCGACAGCGAAAAAGACCGAAAAGAUAUUUUCCAAGACCGAGAAAACGAAUUGUUUUCGAAUUCCAUUUUGAAAAAGGCGCAGGAGGCCGAUGACGAAAGCAGAGAAGAAGUCCGAGCCAUGAACAGCAUCGUCCUCAAGGAGGCAGCAGCAGAGCGGCAGCGGCUGCAGCAGGAGCUGGAGGAGUCGCUGGAGAAGGAAAGACUGCUGCAGAUAAAAGCAGCACAAGAAAGUGAAAAAGAAAAACUUGCAAAAAUGCGAAUGCAGGAAGAAAUGAUUAAGCAGCAAAUUGCAGAAAGAAGGCUGAAGCGGGAGCUGGAGCUGGCGCAGCGGGAGAAGGAAAGGGAAAUGAUUUUGGAGCAAAUGGAAGUUUUGAAACUUCAAGAAGAAAUUGCGAAAAAACAAAAAGCGGAAAACGCCAAACAACUUCGACUUGAAGUCAACGCCAGAAACCAAAUUCUGCUUCAAGAAAAGAAAGAAAGAGAGGCUCUGGAGCUGCUGGAAGAAGCCAAGAUCGUGGCUUACCAGCAGGAGAAGAUCCGCAGAGAAAAGGAACUUGAAGAAAAAAAAAAAGAAAUCGAAAAUGCAAAACUAAAAAGUUAUAAAUUCAUUUGCGACAAACGAGACCAACAAAUCGACCAACUCGCCAAACUCGACGCUCUGCGCGCCCGCAGGGCGAUGGCGGAGCGGGAAAGGGCGGAGAGGGCGAAGGAAGAAGCAGCAGCAGCAAAGCAGCGGGAGAUGAACGAAGCUCUUGCUGCAGUGCGGAAGCAGCAGCAGCAGCAGAAGCUGCUGCAGCUUGCUGCUGCUGCAGUGAGCGAGAAGCAAGAGUACGAACGAGUUGCUGCAGCGCAGCAGCAGCUAGCGCUAGCUGAGCUAGCCAAGCAGCAAGCAGCAAAACAAAAACGCAUGCAACACAUGCAAGAGUUGAAGAAACAAAUUCAAGAAAGACUUUCGCAAAUCGAAAAAAUCAAAAAGACCCAAAUGCAGGAAGCCGAGGAACUCCGCAGGGCCGAAGAAGAAAACCAAAGAGCCAUCGAAAGAGCCAGGGCAAGGCCACCAAACCCUAAACCCUAA